CACAGAGGCUUAAACUUUAAUACUCUGGUGAACACCAACCUCAGCAGUGAAUUAAUAAUGAGUUUAAUGACUACUCAGGACUGUCAAUCUUUCAGCAGGCAUGUAAGGAAGAUCAAGGUAGCUAGCACCAAUCUGUCCAAGGGGAAAGGAAAACAAGACACCAUUCCUUCAAGCUGGUUGCUAGACUCCUUUGUUCCAGAAGAAAAAAUGAAGGAAACAGCGAGGAGCAAGAUACUGGUCACACCUUGUGAUUUCACAGUCGAUAAUCGAGUGAGGGAGGACUGUAAGAUUAAGAAUGGCAUUGUGGAAAAAGACAUGACAAAAGACUGCAAGGAAAACAAUCAUCUGGUGAGCUGCACCCAAAAGGAAAUCAAAAUCCAUCAGGCUGCCCCAGGAGAGAAAAUAAUCAUCCAAGGCAAUAAUUCUCUCAACAGAAAACACCACUAUGGUGGGAAGACAGUUGGACAGAAAGAAGAACAAAAAAUGUGGUCAUGUAGCAGCAGCUUAAAUGCAGACGAUAGUGGCCUAGAAGAAGAUGCAGCUCAAAGUGACAGCGAUCAAACUGAAGUAAAAAAGAACAAGCCUAUUAACAGGCCAAAGAUUAAGGUGACCACAAUUGGGGACCUGAGGAACAAGUGGCAGAAAUUUGCAGAAGACCAUGUGGAGGCUCAAAAACUCAACCCUUUCAGUGAGGACUUUGAUUUUAAUCAUGCCAUGGUGGUGAGACUCCAUAAGGGAGAAUUGGGAUACGGACACCCUAAAGAGGGCUCCAAAACAGCCGAGCGAGCUGAACGUGCCAAGAAGCAAAUCCACCGGGAAAUGGAUGAGAUGUGCCAUAUAAUCCGCAUUAUGGGACAGAAGAACAAGAAUGGGCAUAUCUGUGUCACUUUUGGUCGACUCUUUAACCACUAUGCCAAGAUCUCUGAUAAGGUAGUGGGAAUUUUGCUUCGUUGCCGAAAACAUAAGAUGGUGGACUUUGAGGGUGAGAUGCUAUGGCAGGGACAGGAUGAUAAUGUUCAAAUAAGACUGCUGGUGUAAAUGAUUAUGGAAUGCUUAAUGGUCAGGUUUUGUUUAUGUAUGUUUGUAUGUUUGUAUGUAUGUAUGUAUGUAUGUAU